UUUAAGCCUCCCCCCGCAACGAGGGACCACUGAGAACACACAGUGGAAACAUCCUUGCCCGACAGAUCAGCAGGCAUCCACCAGACAUUAUACCUUCUGAAAAGAAAACCAUGCACCCAGCUUAAUGUCAGCCGAAGUUGCAUUGCAGAAGUUCUCCUUUCCAUUUGCCUGCUCUGUAAGCCUUUCUUCUCAAGACAAGGUGACCCAGAAGGGACCUUCACUGGUAAAAGAUCCAGAACUUCAUACACCUAAGGACAAUCCAAUAUUAGGUGAGCCCACCCGUAUUACGGUUGUGCAAGCAUUUGUAAACAAUGAGGACCAAGCUCUGGAGAGCACAAAACCUCCUGAUGGGGGAGACACAGCAGCUGUCCAGCUCUCUGUCAGUGCCGAAGCCUCCCAGAAUGCCGUUGUUGCCAGGCAGAGCAUGGCUGAAAAUCUGAGAGUGGAGGGUGAGGAUCAACGACCAGCAGCAAAGAGGCAGCUGUCGUCAGAAAGUGCAGCCAAGUCCAUCACAGCUGUGAAAAAAAGUGCACAGAGGAAGGAGCCAAAUGAACAGACACACCUGCACCAGAAAGCACAACUGGGACAGAGGGGGGGACUAAAUGCUGCUCUGCCAGGCCAAAGAAAGCGCAGCAGGGACCUUUUCAAAAGUUCAGAGGUCUUCCAUAGACUGGACUCCGAUGUGAUCAGGGCAGGAGCAGAGCUGAAACAAAAGUGUGUGUAUGAUGUGAAGACAAUCGUAAAAAGCAUCACACAGGGUGCCAGGAACGAGCUGGAGCAACUCCGCGCCAUCUGGGUGUGGCUGUGCAACAACAUCGAGUAUGAUGUGAGCGGGUAUCUUGGCCACACAGAAAAGCUGAGCUCCCCAGAGGAGGUGAUAGCUGCCGGUCGGGGUGUUUGCUGUAGCUACUCCAAUCUUUGUACAAAGAUGUGCAGAGAAGUGGGCAUCGAGUGCCAAGAAGUGACGGGUCACAGUAAGGGUAUUGGUUACCGACAAGGUCAUAGCCUGAAGCAUGUGAAGUCGGAUCACCUGUGGAACGCUGUGCUUCUGGCAGGGGAGUGGUUCCUGCUGGAUGCCUGUUGGGGAGCUGGACAAGUAGAUAUGCAAAAUGAAAGCUUUGUCAAAAGGUUUGAUGACUUCUAUUUCCUAACUGACCCAGAGGAAUUCAUUGAUUCACACUUCCCAGAUGAGCAGAAAUGGCAACUCUUGGACAAGCCCAUCUCCAUUGAGGAAUUUGAAAAAAGGGUCUUUAAGACCUCAGCCUUCUUCACCAUGGGUCUCAGGCUGAUAAGUCCUCUUCACUAUCACAUUAUCACAGAUGAUGGGGAGGCAACUGUAUCCCUUGGGUUCUCCAGGCCGACCACGUUCACCUAUGAGAUCACACAGCAUCAAGAUCUCCUUCACUGUGGAGCGUUAGAGCAGAAAGAGUCAAGCAGUUCUUCCUUUGGCCUUCUAACUGUCUCUCAUCGGAGCAUGAAGUUGCAGCUCAUGCCACCUCAAAGUGACACGUAUGAUGUCCAGUUGUUUGCCAGAUCUGAAAAAGCUAUGACACCUCUGGUUUGGGUUUGCUCCUUCACUGUGGAGUGUCCAAACCCAAAGGCCACUGAGGACAUCCCAGAGAACCCCUUUCUGUCCUGGGGCCUACAACCUUUUGCGGGAUCCUUGGGUGUCAUAGGCAGUUCCCAGAACAGCGAGGUUACUGAAGUGGAAGAUGGGGUCUUUGACCUGGUGUUGAAAACUUGUAAGCCUCUAAUGGUGUUAUGUGAACUUGUCCACCCACAAAUGGACGAUGCUAUAUCCAAGUGCUGUCUGGCCACUCAGAUUCAACCGGACAGUCUGACGUGUCAUGUCUUGUGCCCUUUUCAUGGUUUCUACCGACUUUCGUUGUUCGUGCGGGACUAUGAGAAAACAGAAGUCAAGUUUGAGAAUGCUGCAAAUUACCUGCUGCACUGCAAAGGAAAGGUUGUUGGGUUAGAAGAGCUGUUUCCUCCAAAUCUUGGAUCAGCAUGUGGGCCAGGAACCCGAACGGCUAGGGCAGGGUUAUCUAGGUUCAGCCACAACUCGGCCUUGGUGAGUACCCAGCAAGGCAAGUGUAACAUUACCUUCCACAACCAGCAGGACCUUGAACUUCACUAUGUACUCAGCAAAAAGAACAUACCCUCAACCUUUCCACUUUCACGUUACAUAUUCUGCACCUACACAGACCACAAAGUGACUGUGAGUCUGAGUCUACCCGAGGCUGGGAUGUAUCGGCUGGGACUCUAUGCCCGCAUCACCUCCGGUGGAGAUUUCAGCCCAAUGUGUGAUUUUGUUUUGAAGAACAGCUUCCCUCAGAUAAGGCCUCCAUUCCCCUGUGUCUACUCAGCCUGGGGGAAAGGCUGUGUGCUGUUUGAGCCUCGUGUGGGUCUGCUCGAGCCACUCUCCUGGGUCCUUUUCAGGGUUCGAGUCCCUGGAGCCCUCCGGGUAAGUGUGGUGGGAGAGGACCGAACUGAUCUAAAAUUGAACAAGAGUAGAGUCUGGGAGGGGAAGGUUUUCAGUGGAAACGGCCAUCAGCAACUGAAACUGGCAGGUUCUUUGGGGGACUCCAGUGAAAUGUCAGUUUUGAUGAUAUUUGAUGUAAAGCAGCACGAGAAUGAUGAUACUCAUGAGGACUAACAGAAAUCAGUUUACGGUUCAGACUCAAUGAAAUAAUUUAAACUGUGAACUGUAGUCUUUCUGGUUUAACAGAAUAAUUUUUACUAAUACAUAAAUCUUUAAGGUGUAAAUAAGUGUAUCAGCUAUGUUCCAGUGAAACUCUAUGAAACAAUGGCAGACUAAAGGUUUUUGGGAGGUUUGCUUUAGAUUUAUACAAGAUUUUCCCAGGAGCUAUAGUACUGGUCAUAAUUACGAACACCCAAUAAUUGACUAGCUUCAACAACAUCCUUUAACAGAAAUACCAUGACUUAUUUUCUUUAUAACGUUAACUGUCUCUCCUUAUGUUGUGUACGUAUGUUUUAUGUUUUCUUUGUUUCUAGUCUGCUUCAGUUCAUUGACAGAAGUUUGUACAGUUUGUUAGAGUUCCACUGGGGCACCUCAGACAGCUCGGGGGCUGGGCUUUAAUUAGACCAUCACGACACAAUGUUUCUUUUCUUCGUUAGACAAUUUUCUAUAGAUUUGCCGCUCUGUUCUGAAUCCCUUGUUUGUUUUUGUUUGACCCAGUUUUAAAUGAACUUAAGAAGUUGGACAAGCAACAUAUAGAUUGACUCCAGAAGACUGUAGUAUACAGUGUUUGUGGUUGAUUCAAUGUGAGCAAGAUGCUAAGACCUCCGCUAUUGUGCUUGACUUUUGGUAUGAGUUACUUCCUGUGAUAUGCUUCUUGAUUGUUAUUUUAGUAAACAUCUCCACUUCGAUCUCACCUGUCCACAACACAUUUUUUAUAAAAACAUACAUGUCUCAUUGGUCCUACCUAUAGGCUUUUUUUUUUUGAAGCAAUAAUGAAUCAGUUUAACAGCGAUGUAUUGUUGUUCAUCAGGUGUUCUGAUGUAUUUUGUAGUUCUUAUAAUAUCCCUAAAAGUAAAUAUUCAUUAAUAGGGCACCCAGGUAUUCUAAGAAGACUGUAACGUUCUGCAAAACAAACAAAAACUCUUUCAGACUAUAUCAGUGGUGCUAAGUGAUGCAGUUACAUCAAUGGAGAAUGUUCACAAUAAGUGUGCCAUGUCAUGCCACACUUAUUGUGUCAAAAGGUAUACAAUAAAAAUUAAUUUUAAAGACAACUAGUUUAUGAAGCUUUUUUUGCAGUAGACACUGUAUUUAGAUUGAAAACAACAAAAACAAAAAAAACAACAUGUUGACUUCUAGGAAGUGCAGCUCGUGGCUGAAUAGUCCCCUGGGCCGGUCCCUCCUCCUGCACCAACCCACCUCAGCUCUUUUUUGUAUGUCUAUAAAAAGAAUAAAAGGUCUCAUGGACCUCAAACUCUA